CAGGUGUACGGAGCCAGGGCCACAAUUGUGAAAGAUAUUGGAAUGUUAAAUGUGAGACUAAAUCUGUACAGAUGGCUCUAUUAGCCAUGAGCCAAGACCAAUGAUGACCGAUAAUAGUUGGUCGUCAAAUUUGAGGAUUGAUAUGCGGAAAUGUAUUCAAAUAUUGAAAUAUCUGCAUCUAUGUGGAUAUAUCGUAUAUUAAACAGAAAUAUUGCUUCCUUUCGAUUAUGCUUCUCGAUACUGAUGCAUAUAUUCAACGGAAACUCACAAAUUUGGAUAUAUCUGUCAGGCGUGUGCUCCUAGAUUCGAUUGUUCUGGAAGCCUCAAGUCGGGCACUGCUGCGUCCUGUGUGUUGUUCCCAUAAUGAUAAUCUCCAUAUUACCAAGUCUUUGACUCUUUCAAGACAAUGAUCUGGCAGAUGGUUAUCAUAUUUAGAGAUAUCCAUCUAGACAGUAAGACAUUGGAAUUUAAAGUUUUUGGAACCCAAAACAUUGUCGAUAUGUGUCAAAAUAUAAUAAAAAAAAAAAAACCAAACAGUAUUUUCAGAUUUCAAGUUGUUAAAUUUUUUAGUUAAUUAUGGUGAGUUUCUAUGGUAUAAUUCUGGCAAAGAUCGUCGUCUUGUUCCUUGUGCCUGGUCUCGACAGUCAGUGCUAUGAUUGCGCCAAAGCGUGGAAAACAAAGUGCAAUACAAGCCAAACCGGAUAUUAUUGCAUGCCUGGCGCCGAAAUAUCAAGAGUCGACCUGACGUCCGAACAAUUCGCGACCAGCACACCAGAUCCCACAAAAUUGUUUUCAGCCUGUUCGCCCUAUCCGCUUCAUGUGGAUUAUAUUCAACAAUGGUGCUGCUUUUGGUCUGAUAGUAUAGGCUGCCAGGUUGCCAUGCAUCCGCAGAUAUAUAAGUCUGGACAUCCGUCUAGAUUUUGUGACUUCUGCAAGACAAAAUGUAUCUGUCGAGGUCUGUCAGUUCUGGGUGUACAGCAGCCCUGGCAUUGGACUUAUCUGGGCUGCAUAACCUUAUUGAUGCAUCGUUUUUUCUGAUAUUUCCCAUAGAGAUAUUGUAAAACAGAAGUACUGUAAUUUUCCUUGUAUGGUAUAUUACGAUGUAAGUGCACACAGGCUGCAUUGUGUAGAGUAUGUUGCGGGCAAUGCCGGGUAACAGCAGCUUGAAUAUAUGUAUACAGAUGUAUUAAAUGCCAGUUACUAAGUUGUCAGCCAUAAAAAAAAAAAA